AUGUCCGCGGUUACAUCGGCCCUGGGUGCCCUAGGGAGGAGAGCGAGUUUUCUCACUUUGGGGAGGCAGCAACAAGCACGAAAAAGUGAUGGGCCCGGGAUCCCUCGGCUGAGGAGCAGCGCAGCUGGCAGCCGGGCGUGGAAAACUCCGUGCGAGCCCAGGUGGCUGGUGGCUGUCGGCAUCUUCCAGCUCGCACUCCGACCGCUUCUACCUUUGUUACCUGCAGUUGGCAAGCAUGAGUUAACUGGGCACAAAGUGGCAGUGAAGAUCCUGAAUCGACAGAAGAUUCGCAGCCUUGAUGUUGUAGGAAAAAUCCGCAGGGAGAUUCAGAACCUCAAGCUCUUCAGGCAUCCUCAUAUAAUUAAACUGUACCAGGUCAUCAGUACACCAACUGACAUUUUUAUGGUGAUGGAGUAUGUAUCAGGAGGAGAACUGUUUGAUUAUAUCUGUAAAAAUGGAAGACUUGAUGAGAAAGAGAGUAGACGUCUGUUCCAGCAAAUCCUUUCUGGUGUGGACUACUGUCACAGGCAUAUGGUGGUACAUAGAGAUCUGAAACCUGAAAAUGUGCUGCUUGAUGCACACAUGAAUGCCAAGAUAGCUGACUUUGGUAAGCAUUGUAUUCUAUAGCUGAUAAUUGUUUUGCUGCUAUU